AUGGCUUUCAUGAGUGCUUUCAUGCAAUCUCGUCUGCCACCUUUGCCACAGACGUUCCUCAUCUUCGGUGACGAGUCUUCACCCACCCUAAGCACUUUCCGUCGCUCCAACAGCUUCUCCGGCUUCGCACCCCUCGACUUCAGCGACGCCAGCUUCGAGCAUGAAAGUCCAGCUGCAGAUCCGUUGUCGGUGACUUGGCCGGACACUGACGACGAGGCUUGGUUUGAGGCGCGAUGCGUCGCCAGCGCCCUGGGUCCGCAAGUUCAAGGCACAAACCGCGAGCAUAUGCCAUUGCUGCGAGGCCUGGAUGAGCCGAUGGACAAGGAUCAUGCGUCCAAGAAAGUCGAGGCCAAAGCAUCCUUGCACAGGGGUGUUCCACAGUGCAUGACCCAGAACGACCUCAUGCAGGAGUUGAACAUCUCCGGCUUUGCGCAAUUCUACAAUUUUUGCUACCUGCCACAAGACGUCGGCCGCCGACAACACAAGGGCUACGGCUUUGUGAAUUUCGUGAACACUUGGACCGCUCAGCUUUUUCGGAGUGCAUGGGCCAACCGGAUGCUCGCCACCUCCUCUGGGCGCUCGCAGCCAGUUGACAUCGUCCCCUCGUUCGUGCAGGGCCUGCGUGCGAACAUGAACAAGUGGUGUGGACCUCGCACGCACAGCAUCCGCGACCCGGGCCAGAAGCCAUUCCUUUCUCCACAAGCGAGCCCGUCCGCUGACACGUCGAUGCAGGUUAUGCAAGCACAACGUGCUGGCAUGAAUGCCUUGCGAAAGGCUAGAGCUAUGAUGCCCGCUCGGAUACCCGCUGUGAAGUUGGACCAGCAAACAUACAGAAGAUAG